UUGACGACUGGAUCUGGAUUUGUCUCUUCCCUCCUUACUUGUGGAUUUCCAUUCCGUUCGGGCCUUCACUCACUAACUUUUCCCAGCCUGUGGCCUGGCGAUGGCGGAGGGCGUGCGUCCUGAGGAUUACUGCGAUGAGCCGGUGGAAGAUGAGUUCGGAGAGAUCAUCAAAUGUCGGUCUGAUGAAAGAGAAGACGUUCAGAAGAAGACUUUCACAAAAUGGGUGAACCUACAGUUGGCUAAGACAGGGAAACCACCUGUGGAGGAUCUGUUCUCAGAUCUGUGUGAUGGACGACGCCUUCUGGAGCUGCUGGAGGGGCUCAUAGGGCAUGAGCUAGUGAGACUGGAGAAAGGGACCACCCGUGUUCACUCACUUAACAAUGUCAACCGGGCUCUGCAGAUCUUGCAGAAGAACAAUGUUGAUUUGGUGAAUAUCGGAGCGGCAGACAUUGUGGAUGGCAAUCACAAACUGAUUCUCGGGCUCAUCUGGAGCAUUAUUCUCCACUGGCAGGUAAAGGAUGUGAUGAAGGAUGUGAUGGCGGGCCUACAGCAGACCAACAGUGAGAAGAUUCUGCUGAGUUGGGUUCGUCAGAACACACGGCAAUAUCCUCAGGUGAAUGUGGUUAACUUCUCCAGUAGUUGGAAUGAUGGAUUGGCCUUCAACGCCCUCAUCCACAGCCACAGGCCGGAGCUGUUUGAUUGGAGCGCGGUGGAGAAGAAGACGUCUGCGAUCGACAGACUGGAACACGCCUUUAGCAAGGCAGAACAGCACCUGGGCAUAGAGAGACUGCUGGACCCCGAAGAUGUGGCGGUCUCGCAUCCUGACAAGAAGAGCAUCAUCAUGUACGUGACUUCACUCUUCCGGGUGCUCCCCCAAAGCAUUUCCAUGGAAGCCAUCCAGGAAGUUGAAUCGCUGCCAUCGGCAACCACGGCCGGAAUCUCCCGGGUAACGACGGAAGAGCACUACCAGAUCCAGACCCAGCAACGCUUCUCUCAGCAGAUCACCUUGAGUGUGGCUCAGGGGCGUGUGCGGAGCCCCUCCCCACAGCCUCGCUAUAAAAGCUAUGCCUACACCCAGGCUGCGUAUGUCAAGUCGCCAGAGCAAAAGAGGAGACGUUUUACCGAGCAGUUUCUGACCCCCAGCCAGGAGGAGCUGCAGCGAGGCCUCAGUCCUCUGCCUCCUGGAUCCACCAGCCUGGAGAGCUACCAGGCUUCUCUGGAGGAGGUGUUGACGUGGCUGCUGUCGGCAGAGGACAGCCUCCAUGCUCAGCCUGUCAUCUCCAGCCAUGUGGAGGAGGUGAAGGAGCAGUUCCACACGCAUGAGGGGUACAUGGCGGAGCUGACCACACAUCAGGGCAGCGUGGGCCGCGUCCUGCGUGCCGGUGCUGCGUUGCUGUCAGAGGGCAACCUCAGUGAGGAGGAGGACUCUGAGGUCAGGGAGCAGAUGAACCUCCUGAACUCUCGGUGGGAGCACCUGAGAGUGGCAAGCAUGGAGAGACAGAGCAGACUUCAUGAGGUCCUGAUGGACCUGCAGAAUAAGCAGCUUCAGCAGCUCACAGACUGGUUGGACGUCACAGAGGCACGCAUCAAGAAGAUUGGCUCUCAGCCACUGGGGCCUGACCUUGAGGAUAUCAAGCACCAAGUAGAGGAGCACAAGCUCCUUCAGGAGGACUUGGAACUCGAGCAAGUAAGGGUAAAUUCUCUGACCCACAUGGUGGUGGUUGUCGACGAGAACACCGGAGACAGUGCAACUGCCGCCCUGGAGAGCAAACUUCAGGUUCUGGGUGACCGCUGGGCAGCUAUUUGCAGAUGGACAGAAGAGCGCUGGAUUCUGCUUCAGGAGAUUCUGUUAAAAUGGCAACACUUCACUAACGAACAGUGUUUGUUUGACUCCUGGCUGACGCAAAAGGAAGAGCUGGUUCGCUCCAUUAAGACCUCCAACCUGAAAGACCAGGCAGAGAUGGCAGCCUGUUUGCGUCGUCUUUCUACGCUGAAAGCAGAACUGGAGGCGAAGCAUCCCACCAUGGAUAAGCUGUGCUCCAUGAGCCAGGAUCUGUUGUUCAGCGUCAAGAACAAGGAAGUAGCCUCCAAACUAGAGGCCAGAUUGGACAGCUUUGCUCAGCGUUGGGAUCGUCUGGUCCAGAGUCUGGAUUUGAACAUCUCCCAUGUUUCCUCGGCUGUAAGCACAACCAAGCAGUCCGAGGUGACCCACUCUGUCUCGGCGACCGUUACCAAGGUGACCACGAGGGAGAAGGUGUCCGCUUUGCGGCAUACUCGCGAGUCGCCACCGCCUCAGAAGAAGAGACAAGUGGUUGUGGAUUCUGAGCUGAGGAAAAGGUUUGACGUGGACUUCACAGAGGUCCACAGCUACAUGACCCGUGGUGAGGCCAUCCUGCAGAGCCCCGAGUUCUCUGUGUCAAGCAAAGAUGGGAGCAUUCGGGAGCUGCAUGACAAAGUCCAGGCCAUAGACAGAGAGCGGCCAGAGAAGUACAGAAAGCUACAGGAGGCGACGCGCACGGCGCAGACGCUCGUCGAGCAGGAGGGGAGCCGUGCAGACGACAUCGCACAGGCUGCAGAUCAGCUCAACCAGCGCUGGGCAGGAUUCUGUGUCCUGCUGUCGGACCGUCUGACCUGGCUGGCUUACCAAACAAAGGUGCUUCCUACUGGUUCUGCAAACCAGGAGCUAGAUGAAGGCACAAACGAUGUACAGAUUUGGAGAGUUUGCUGCUCGCCUAUUUCUUGCCAAACUGAAUGAUGUUGGAUUAGGGUUCAAAUUUGUUCCUUUACUCUGUUGUAAUAACAGGAGGAGGUGGCUCGCCUUUCCUCCCUGCAGCCCCAGGUGGAGCUCCUUGAAAAGCGUUUGAAGGAAUUGAAAGAUGAAAAGGAAGGAGAGGAGGACCCUUCUGCCUUUUUGGAUGCUGACAUCUCUGCAUUCAAAGAACACUACCAUAAGGUUUUGGAGGACCUGCGGGCCAGAGAGAGGCUACUACAGCUGGUUUUGGAAAGCCUGCCCCCGGCCCAAUACAAAGAGACCAUAUCCACGCUGUUGGCAUGGUUACAGCAGUGCGAAGCCAAACUUUCCGUCCCAUCAACGGCUGUUACAGAGUAUCCAAUUAUGGAGCAGAGACUCAAGGAUCUACAGGCUCUUCAGGUGUCCCUGGCUGAACACCAGAGGGAGGUGGACUACUUGACAUCAGCCGUGGAGCAGGUCUUCCAGAAAGCUCCAGCAGACAUAAGUCAAAAGUAUCGUAUAGAGAUGGAUGGCAUAAUGGCGCGCUGGAGACGACUUGGCUCCACUCUGGCAGACAGUGUCCAGAGAAUCCAGGAGCUCAUGGCCAAACUGAUGCAGUUUGAGAAUGACGUGAAGACUCUGAAGAAAUGGAUGGCAGAUGUGGAUGUCUUUCUGAAUGAGGAGUGGCCUGCUCUGGGUGACUCUGAAGCUCUGGAAAAACAGUUAGAGCAGUGCACUGCUCUAGUAAACGACAUCCACACCAUCCAACCCAGCGUGAACGGAAUCAACGAAGUGGGUCUAUACCUUAAGAAAGAAGCAGAGCCACCCUAUGCCAUUCACAUCCAAAAGGAACUGGAUCAGCUGAAUGCUCAGUGGGAGAAUGUCUGCAAACAGGCCUAUGCAAAGAAGUCUGCCCUCAAAGGGGGCCUGGACAAGACUAUGGCCUUGAGGAAAGAGAUGCAAGAAAUGCAAGAAUGGAUAAACCAGGCAGAGGAAGACUAUCUGGAGAGAGAUUUCACAUACAAGACACCAGAAGAGCUACGCAAGGCUGUCGAGGAACUCAAGAGGGCCCAGGAGGAGGUCCACUCCAAGGAGCAAAAGGUCAAACUCCUGACUGACAGCGUUAACAGUUUUAUAGGCAAAGCCCCUCCCACGGCCCAUGAUGCAUUGCGUUCAGAACUGAGCAUCCUCACAGCCAACUAUCAGAGAUUGUGUAGUCGCCUGGAUGGGAAAUGUAAAACUCUAGAGGAGGUCUGGGCAUGCUGGUGUGAGUUACUGUCCUACUUGGAGCAGGAAAACGCCUUCCUGGAUCAGCUGGAGCAGAAACUGGACGAAACGGAAAACCUGCAAGGAGGAGCAGAGAAGCUGCAGGAGGCGCUGGAUAGCCUUGAGGUUCUUUUGCAACACCCAGAAGACAACAGGAACCAGAUCCGAGAACUGGCCCAGACGCUGAUGGACGGAGGGGUUCUGGAUGAACUCAUUCAACAGAAACUGGACGUCUUUAACGCCCGAUGGGAUGAACUCAUGGCCCGGGCGGCGCUCAGGCGGAAGGAGCUGGAGCAAAGUGUGCAGUGGGCCCAGGAGAACGACAAGAUGCUCAGGCAGAUCCAGGAGUCUCUGGCAAACACGGACCGCCACCUCACUGCUUACCUGUCUGACCACAUUGAUGCCCAGCAGAUACCACAGGAGGCUCAGAAAAUCCAGACGGAGUUGAAUGUCCAUGAAACUACUCUGGCAGACAUUAGAAAGAAGAACCAGGAAAAGGACCCUUCGCAGAGGCUCAUGGGACAGAUUGACUUAACCCAGAAAAUGCUGGCGGACGUCUGGACCAAGUUCCGUUUCUUUCAGAAACCGGCCAACUUCGAUUCCCGUCUGGCUGAGUGCGAGCGCGUCCUGGCUGGGGUCAAAGGUCAGGUGGGGUUGCUGGACAUCCGCAGUGUGGAGCAGGAUGUAGUACAGUCGCAACUGGAUCAGUGCAUGAAGCUGUACAAGAUACUGAGUGAAGUAAAGGGAGAGGUAGAGACUGUGAUUAAAACAGGUAGACAGGUGGUCCAGAGACAGCAGACGGAGCAACCUAAGGAACUGGACGACAGAGUGACCGCUCUGAAACUGCUCUACAACCAGCUGGGGUCACAGGUAACAGAGAGUAAAUUGGAGCUGGAGAAGAGUCUGAAGUUAUCCAGAAAGUUGCGUAAGGAGCUCAAUGGGCUGACGGAGUGGCUGGCUGCGACUGACGCUGAGCUAACCAGGCGCUCAGCUGUGGAGGGCAUGCCCGGCGACCUGGAAGCUGAAGUCACCUGGGCACAGUCAGUCCACAGUGACAUCGAGAAGCGUCAACCACAGCUGCAGGCGGUGGUGGAACUCGCCGAGGCCCUAAAGGCUGUGCUAAAAGGCCACGGAGGCCUAGUGGACGACAAAGUCAGUCUGUUGCACUGUAACUGGAUCGCAGUCACAUCCAGAGCAGAGGAAUGGCUCAACCUGCUGCUGGAUUACCAGAACCAGAUGCAGAAGUUAGACGGACAGAUAAAGGAAGUGAAUGAAUGGAUUGACGGAGCAGAGAGAAAGAUGGAUGAGAUAGAUAAUCAGGGGCCCAAUGAUGCUGUGCUAAAGGUGUUGCGUGCAGAGCUGGAGCUGACUAGAGGGAAAAUGGAGGAGGUUAGGGAUUUGGCACAAGAGCUGAUGUCCACCAGAGGAGAGAACUGCCAGGCUCAAGUUAGACCCAGAAUGGAUCAGCUCAACCAGAGAUUUGACAUCAUCUCUCAGAGGAUCACCUCUGGAUUGACAGCGGCAUCGGCAAGGGAGCUUGAACAGUAUCACAGUGAAGUAAGGGUUUGGCUUGAGCUACUGGAGGAGGAGGCCAAACAGGGAGAGAACCUAAAGGAGGAGGACUUCCAGGAAGACAAGAAUUGUGAAGAAGGUGCGGUGCAAGAGUUGCUUUUGAAAGGAGAGAACCUACAAAGGAGAGCCCCUGAUCGAGACAAGCGAGAGCAGAUAAGACUGAAACACAACCAGCUCAACAGCAAAUACAACACCGUAAAGGAUCUGCGUAUCCUGAGGAACAGGAAAGCUCUGGCCAUCGCUCCCCAGUGGUACCAGUACAGAAGGAAAUCCCAUGACCUGAUGGCCUGGUUGGAUGACAUCCAGCGCAGCGUCGACCAGCUUCCUGACCCUCCUGAGGGAGAGCGGGUCAAGGAAAUUGGCUCAGAGUUCGACAAGAAGAAGGAGGAGCUUAAGGAGGUGCAGGGCUUAGCCAAUCAGCUCUCAGAGGCUGGAGCCGGCAAUCUAGUGGAGCCCCGGCAACUCCAGCUCAAAACCCGCUGGGUUGAGGUGGAGGGCAAGUUCAUUCCCAUCAAAAGACGAUGUGAGUACCUGACAGAGCUCCAGGCGCUGCUGCGUUCAGUGUCAGAGACGGACUUCAAGCUGAACUCUCCUGAAUACUGGCCUGCAGCCUAUUAUAACCUGCCCCAGCAAGAGCAAUGCCUGAAGGAUGUGAAGGAGAACAUUGAUAAACUGCACGGACCUGUGGAGAGAGCCCUGGCCCACAGAGAAGAAAUGGUGAUGGCUUCUCGACCUCUGGAGAGCCACAGAGUUCAGGAGACGGCUUCCCUGCUCUGUAAUAACUGGGAAAAACUCAAUAAGCUCUACAAGGACAGACUGAAGCGUUGGAAGGACUGCAACUCCAAGUGGCAGAAGUUUGUGUCGGAUCACAAGGCCGUGGAUGAGUGGCUGAACAAUGGCGAGAACACGCUGAAACUGUGUGAGAGCGAGCCAGCAGCCCACAGACAGCAACUCAGGGACCUGGUAGAGGAUAUACCUGUCCAGGAAGGGGUGUUGGGCAGAGUGAACUCUACAGGUGAGGAAAUCAGCCAGAUGAGCACACCAGACGAUGCCUUACGCCUCCGAUCGCAGCUGAAGUUACUCAACACUCGCUGGGCCAGCAUCUGUCAGGAACUCCGGGAGCGUAAGAGGAGGUCAUCUGAGGCUCGUACAGCCGCCGCAGAGCUGGAGGAGGAAAUGGGCUCCAUGCUGGGUUGGCUGGAUAAGGCGGAGGGUGUGCUGAGCAUCCCUCUACACCCUGCAGAACCGCAGCACAUCAGAGACACUUUAAACAAAGUCCAGACUCGUGUGGAGGAGCUUCCUGGGAAGAAGGUGACGAUGGAUUAUCUGAACGCCAAGCAUAAGAUGCUAACCCUUCCUGCUGAGAGGCACAAAGACAUCAGAGGAAUCAACACUCGCUGGGCUCAGGUGUCCAAGGCUCUGCCUGAGCGUCAGCUGGAGAUUGAAGGUCUAUUAAAGGAGCUUCUGAAGGUCCAGGGUGAGCUGGAGGACCUGUCAGCCUGGGCAUCAAGUACCAGAGCCAAGCUGGAGCAAAGUCCUGAGGAACCACCACCCAGACUUAUUGAGGACGUUCAGCUGAAGAAGCCAGAGGUGGAGUUUGUUUUGGAGCGAGCGGAUCGUCUGUACAAGGAGACGCCUGCAGGAUGGCCGGAUAAGGGGAAAUACGGCAAGCUAAGGGAGGACUGGACGGUGAUUCUGGAGCUGCUGCAGAAGCAUAAGGAAAGGACGGCUGCUCUGCUCGUCUCCAAAAAAGCCUAUGAAGCCCAUGCGGGAAGCUCCCAGGCCGAAUCAGCUGCGCUGCAGCAGUUCAACAAAUCCUGGGCUGAGCUCACAGAUUGGCUGAAGAUGCUGGAUAACAUGGUUCAAAACAAGCGAGUGGUGGUGGCUGACCUGGACGACAUCAACGACAAUAUAAGCCAACUGAAGGCAUCUCUCCAGGAGCUCGACAAACGUCGCCCUCUACUGGAGAAACAAGUUACAGCAGCACAAAAUCUGAAGAACAAGACCAGCAACCAGGACACACGCAACGCUAUCACCGAACGCAUUGAAAAGCUCCAGACCCACUGGGAGGACUCUCAGACCAAACUGUCAGACAGACUCAAGCAAAUCCUCAACAUGCUGCAGGACUCCACAAACUGGCUUGACGCAAAGAAGGAGGCGGACUAUCUGAUCAAACAGGCUAGCGGGAGGCUGGAAUCAUGGCAGGAGAUCACGUACACGGCGGACGCGCUGAAGAAACAACACGCAGAUCUGAGGGCUUUCAUGAAGGACCUGAAGCAGUGGCAGGGUCAGGUGGAUGAAACGAACGCGCUGGCCGACAAACUGCUGACGCUGUACGCCAACGACGACACGCACAAGGUCACCCAAGUCAACGACAGCAUGAUGGCCACGUGGACACACAUUAACAAACGAGUUUCAGACCGAGAAGCAGCCGUGGAAGCCGGUCUAAAGCUGCUCCAACAGUUCUACCUGGAUCUGGAGAAGUUCCUCAGCUGGCUGACGGAGGCGGAGACCACCUGCAAUGUUUUAAUAGAUGCCACUAACAAGGAGAGGCUGCAGCAGCAGCCUGAGGCUGCCAAGAGGCUGCUGGCUCAGUGGAAGGACCUCCAAGCAGAGGUUGACGGUCAUGAGGAGCUGUAUUACUCCCUGAAUGAAAACGGCGAGAGGAUUCUGACCUCUCUGACAGACUCCGAGGACGGCGUCCUCCUCCACAGACGUCUGGACAACAUGAGGCACCGCUGGAACGACCUGCGCAGCAAAACUCUCAGCAUGAGGUCACAGCUGGACUCUGAGAUGGCUCCUUGGAAGAGGCUCCACAUGUCACUGCAGGAGCUGCUCAACUGGCUGAGGCUCAAAAGUCAACAGCUGGAGCAGGAGAAGCCUGUAGGGGGCGACGUCCCCACCGUGCAGACCCAGCUGGAUACCCACAGAGGGUUCAGAAUGGAGCUGAGGGCCAAGGAUCCAGUGGUGACCAAGGCUGUGGAUGAUGUGGGACUCUUCCUCUCUGAACUGCCUAGAGAGACUCCAUCACCUGAACUGAGAGAUAUCAGCCCAGAGGAGCGCGCUCAGAACGUGGGGCGGGUGUUGCGCAAAGAAGCGGAUGACGUGUUGAGCAAGUGGGACCGACUGAACGCCGACUCUGCGGACUGGCAGAGGAGGCUGGAGUUGGCCUUGAAAAGACUGGCGGAGCUGCAGGAAGCGGAAAAUCAGCUGGAUACACAGCUGAGGCAGGCAGAGAUGGUGAAGGAGGCCUGGGAACCUGUAGGAGAACUGCUGAUUGACUCCUUACCCGAACACAUCGACAGAGUCAAGGAGUUCCAGGAAGAGUUAAAUUUGAUAAAGGAGGAUGUCACACAUAUGAACCAGUUGGCGGCCACGUUCGAUCCAUCCGACAUCCAGCUCUCAACUAGCAACCUGGAACGCAUCGAAGACCUCAACAUGCGCUGGAAAAGGCUACAGAUUUCUGUCGAAAAACAUCUGGAACAGCUGACAGACGCUCAGAGGGACUUGGGAAACUCUUCAGGAUCAGUAGAAAGCCCCUUCGAGCAAGGCAUCUCUCCAAACAAUGUGCCCUAUUAUAUCAAGUCUGCAGAGCGUGUGAUGCAGUCAGCACAGAAUGGAUCAACACCUCAGAGAUAUGUGGUUGUCCGCUUGCUGGAUCUGAAAUCAGCAGCUCUAGGUUCCAACAUGAUGAAAGCAGGUUCUGCACGUUUAAUCAGAGGGGGGCGUAUGUGUGAGCGGGGCACUCAUGACGAGCCUCUGUUUAUCCACACUCUGAGGCCGAGGAUGUUAGAGCAGCUCUUCACCAGGGACCCCUCCUCAUUAUCAGGACGGUUGAUCUUGUUCCGACAGGUCGCCAGCGCCACAGGCUUCUGUGACCAGCGCCGUCUGGGCCUUCUCCUCCAUGAUUCCAUCCAGAUCCCUCGGCAGCUCGGCGAGGUGGCGUCCUUCGGCGGCUCCAACAUCGAGCCCUCCGUCCGCAGCUGCUUCCAGUUUGCCAAUAACAAACCUGAGCUGGAAGCCUCCAUGUUCCUGGACUGGAUGCGCCUGGAGCCUCAGUCUAUGGUGUGGCUCCCCGUCCUACAUCGGGUGGCGGCUGCUGAAACCGCCAAGCAUCAGGCCAAGUGCAACAUCUGCAAGGAGUGCCCCAUCAUUGGCUUCAGAUAUCGAAGCCUGAAACAUUUCAACUACGACAUUUGCCAAAGCUGCUUCUUCUCCGGCCGCGUCGCCAAGGGACAUAAGAUGCAAUACCCCAUGGUUGAAUACUGCACGCCGACCACUUCAGGGGAGGAUGUCCGGGAUUUCGCCAAGGUGCUGAAGAACAAAUUCAGGACCAAGCGCUACUUCGCCAAACACCCGCGCAUGGGCUACCUGCCCGUCCAGACCAUCCUGGAGGGGGACAACAUGGAAACUCCUGUUACGCUGAUCAACUUCUGGCCUGUAGACCAUGCACCUGGAUCGUCCCCUCAACUCUCCCAUGAUGACACCCAUUCUCGUAUCGAGCACUACGCCAACCGGUUAGCUGAAAUGGAGAACCGUAAUGGCUCUUAUCUGAAUGACAGUAUCUCACCCAAUGAGAGCAUCGAUGACGAGCACAUGUUGAUCCAGCACUACUGCCAGUCUCUGAACCAAGGCUCUCCUCUCAGUCAGCCCCGCAGCCCCGCCCAGAUCCUCAUCUCUAUGGAAACGGAGGAGAAGGGAGAGCUGGAGAGGGUCCUCGGUGACCUGGAGCAGGAGAACAGGAAGCUACAAGCCGAGUACGACCGAUUGAAAAAGGCCCACGACAGGAAAGGUCUGUCCCCGCUGCCUUCGCCGCCCGAGAUGCUGCCCGUGUCACCGCAGAGCGCCCGAGACGCCGAGCUCAUCGCAGAGGCCAAGCUGCUGCGGCAGCACAAGGGGCGCUUGGAGGCGCGCAUGCAGAUCCUGGAGGACCACAACAAACAGCUGGAGUCCCAGCUGCACAGGCUGAGGCAGCUUCUGGAGCAGACGGAUUCCAAGGUGAACGGCACGGCGCUGUCCUCUCCCUCCACCUCCUCUCAGCGCUCCGACUCAUCUCUGCCUCUGCUCCGCGUGGCUGCCAGCCAGACUACUGACACUAUGGGCGAUGAUGAGUUUUCCAGCCCUUCCCAAGAUGCACCUGGCCUGGAGGAAGUGAUGGAGCAGCUCAACAACACUUUUCCUCACAGCCAAGGUCCCAGCAUCGGCAGCUUGUUCCACAUGGCGGACGACCUGGGCCGCGCCAUGGAGUCGCUCGUCAGCGCCAUGACCGACGAGCGGGGCGUGGAACUGGAGCCGGCCCGACCUUUUUGACCCCCUCCAUCCAUCUCAUCGCAUGCUUUUUCUAGUCAAAACUGGAUUGAAAACUGUUUACACAGAGAAUAUAAUGUCUAUUUUUGUGAAGGAUUGCGGUUAAAGCAACAAGUACAAAAUAAAUACAAAAAAAAAAACUCUUAAGAUUUGAGUAGUUUCUUAAAAACAUCCUGUUUUAUUGUUAAAAGAGGCUGGUUUUUAAACUUCUAUGCAAUUGUAUAAAACUAGAGUCGGGGGGGAUUUAAAGGAAAAAGAUGAGACCUACAGCAACGCGUCUUCAGUGUCCUCGUAUAUUUGCUAUCUCUUUCUAACCGGGGAAACAAGCUGAAGCUUUGAUUGUAACCAUGAGGGGUUUUCUAAGAGGCUGAUUUCUUUGCUUGUGUGAGAGAGUGAGUUUCUGUAUGUUGUGCCUAAAAUUUCAUCACUUUUUUUUUUUAGAGGGAUUCUACCGUUUAAAAGUGGUUUUAGAUAAAUACCUUAAGCAGGAUCCUAAUUAAACAGCUGUGGAUGCAUUUAAAAUGCACUAGAGGGCGCUGACAAAGGAAAAAAAGUUGACAGAUUUUACUAUUACGACAAUUUGUAAAUUGCACAGAUUUGUUCUAAGCCCCGCCCCCUGCUGGAUGUCACAUCAACCAGCUCAAUUUGAUUGGACGGAGAGCCUCUGAAUCAAAUUAGGUUCCUGUUUCCUUCAACAUUAAAAAUAGUCCCCAAGCAUAAUGCUGCCACCUCCAUGUUUUACUAUAGGUGACGUUUUACUCUCUCCUUUUAAAUGAAUGUCAGAUUAGAGGCUUGUCGCCUACCGGAGGUUUGGACGUCUGUAGAGUUCCUCUCGUCUCCUGGUCGGGUUGAUUUGUCAGUUCAGGGCUCCAAAACAGUCUGAAAAGAAAAGUAUAGUGAAAAUCUUCAUUUUUCUCCCCCCUAAUAACAUGUUUUGUUAAUAUUUUCCUCUUAUGUUUUAGAAGCAAAGUGCAAAACAGGUUAUUAAGAGUUAACUUAAUUUGUUUUCUCUAUUAGAUAAAGCAGCAGAAUAAAGCUGCUU